CCGGAGAAAGGCACUGCUGUAGUAAUUUGCAAUCAAACGCCAAAGCGGGGGAGGUGUUUCUCUUCCCCACCCCUCGAGAUCACAUGGUGACCCUUCUCAGCCAAUGCAAUGGACGCUAGGACCCUGCGGGACCCCAGGAUCCGAGAUUGCACCGGCUCUGCCGCAUUAUAAAUACUUCUCCAAAAUGCACCGCUGUUCCUUUCUAUCUUUCCAGCUGGUUCCAUCCGUUUCGGGCUCAUAAACGACCAACCACAGACUUGGGGGGAGGGGGGGAAAGAAGAGCCCACUCACGGCAUUCCUUUUAAAAGAUAUUCUAGGAUUUAAGUGAAUAUUUCUUUAUUAUUUUUUGCACACCUAGUCUCUUUCCCGGCCAGUUUGCAUGCAUUGUCUGUCUCCCAAAAUGGUUUGCGAGACGAAAAUCGUGGCAGAAGAUCAUGACACCAUCCCCGGCUCCAAGAAAGACACAGUGAUCGUGUCCUCCUCCCAGAUGUGGCCCUCGCUCUCCGGCGGCUCCGCGCCCUCCCCGGCGCCGCCGAUGCCGCCCCCCAGCGCGGCGGCCGGUGAGGUGGCGGGUGAGGAUGGGAAAAAGGAGCACGUUUGCAUCCGCGAGUUCCACCCUGCAGAGCAAGACACCGUGCGCCGCAUCUUUUAUGACGGCAUCAUGGAGAGAAUCCCCAACACGGCGUUCCGGGGCCUGAAGCAGCAGCCCCUCACGCAGCUGAUGUAUGUGCUCCUGGCGUUGCUCUGCUUUGUACUGACCAGAUGUCUGUUGCUCACCUGCUUCGUGCCUGUCUUUCUUCUGGCCAUGAGGUAUUACUACAGCCGGAAGGUGAUCCUCACCUACCUGGACUGUGCAUUGCACACGGACAUGGCUGACAUCGAGCAGUACUACAUGAAGCCUCCAGGUUCCUGCUUUUGGGUGGCCGUCCUGGAUGGCAACGUGGUGGGGAUCGUGGCGGCGCGGGGCAGCGAGGACGAUAACUCGGUGGAGCUGCGCCGCAUGUCGGUGGACUCGAGGUACCGGGGCAAGGGCAUCGCCAAGGCCUUGGGCCGCAAGGUGCUCGAGUUUGCCGUGCUCAACAAUUAUUCCUCCGUGGUGCUGGGCACUACCGCGGUCAAAGUGGCCGCCCACAAGCUGUACGAGUCCCUGGGCUUCAAGCACAUGGGCGUGGUGGAGCACUAUGUCCUCCCGGGAAUGACGCACUCCCUGGUAGAGAAGAUGUUCUUUCAGCUUCGCUACCACCGCUAUCGCCUGCAAUUACGUGAGGAAUAACGAUGACGCCUGAAACACCAAACCCAACCCAACCCAACCGCCCAACCGUUAUCGCUCAGCCCAACCCGAUGAUUCUCCUUCCUGUUUUUCCAAACGCUUAACCCAGCACUUUCAUGGAUUGUGGUUUGUUUGGCUGAUUUGGGGGGAGGUGGGGGUGGGGCGGGGAAGAAGAUCUGCUUAUUUCAUUAUUUAAGAACUCCUUUUUUGUGGUAGUUUGGUUUUGAGUUGAUUGCUGCCCAAUCCCCACCCCUGUACCCCUGUCCUAUCCCAUCUCCAAUCAAGAUGAAGACAACAGAAAUAAUGACAAAAUGAGCAGCCAGGCAGUCUGUCUGGGCCAGCGGAGGGGGCUGCUCACCACGGGAGGCUCCCUCAUGCUGGGAGCCCCAGGAGCCACAUCCCACAUCUCUCGGGUCACUAGACCUGCUGUUCAUCCCGAGAGUGGCACUCUCUGAGCCUGCCCACCCCCCAAUACUCUUUUCCAUCUCCCCCC